CCAAUCUCCAGAAUGUAAUCAGCUAUACAGAUAACUGACGUGUACGUCUGACAAAUCAAGGUAGCACUUAGCAGACGGAUUUGUUUAAGUUAUAGAUUGGUUGAGGUAAAACGUAUUUUUCAAUUUUAUGUCGAGAGAAUAAAUAAUAUAACAAUUAAGUUUCAAUUCAUUACUGUUGAUCUUUCCAAGGCUUUAUAAGGGCGUCAGGAUAAGUUUUUACACAGAACAAGAUGGGCUUUUUUCUGGGAAGCAGAUUGAGUGUUUUCGUUAUUGUUGCCGUUGCUGGGUUUGUGGCUUAUGACAUCAACAAAUAUGGCAGUUUUAGAGCUUCAAAAACAGGAGUUUUUCUCAGAGACUGUGGAGUAUUGCGUUACGGUGAACUUGCUCUGACAAGAUUCAGGAGUUAUUCACAACAGGCUUACAGGUGGAGCCAAAAACAUGUCCCAGGCUACAUGUCGUUCAUGCGAGAAAGUCUAGCUGUCUACCUAAUCAUUAUAAGAGAUGUUGUGACCCGUCUAGCCACCCAUCUGUGGGCCAACAUCAGCCAGAUCUGGCAUUACUUUGUGGACAAGAAACCAGCGGUUGUGAAAUGGCUGAACGAGUACCUUCCAGGUGUCUCUGACAGUGUCAGCAGCUGGCUGAGUCAGGGCUGGUCUCUGUUGCUGCAGUACGCCACGAUCGUGAUUCAGUGGCUCAAGGACAAUGUCUUUGUAGGCAGCUUGUCACCGGAGAACUUACAAAGACUCUCGUGGGAAGCUCUCAACACUACGCAAACUCUUGCCCGCCAAACAUUGUCUUGGAUCAACGGCAAAAUGGCACCAGUCAUUGUUGGUUCCAGCACUUAGUCACUGGCACCCCCUCCUUUACUUGUCAGUUUCUGAACCAAACCGGUCUCUCCUAAUGUUACCAUCUUUCAGUUCACUGGCACCCCCUCUUUUACCUCUCAGUUCCUGAACCAAACCAGUCUCUCCUAAUGUUACCAUGUACACAUACCUAAUGUUACCUAAUGUAAACAUCUUUCAGUUCACUGGCACCCCCUCUUUUACCUCUCAGUUCCUGAACCAAACCAGUCUUUCCUAAUGUUACCAUCUUUCAGUUCACUGGCACCCCCUCUUUUACCUCUCAGUUCCUGAACCAAACCAGUCUUUCCUAAUGUUACCAUCUUUCAGUUCACUGGCACCCCCUCUUUUACCUCUCAGUUCCUGAACCAAACCAGUCUCUCCUAAUGUUACCAUGUACACAUACCUAAUGUUACCUAAUGUAAACAUCUUUCAGUUCACUGGCACCCCCUCUUUUACCUCUCAGUUCCUGAACCAAACCAGUCUUUCCUAAUGUUACCAUCUUUCAGUUCACUGGCACCCCCUCUUUUACCUCUCAGUUCCUGAACCAAACCAGUCUCUCCUAAUGUUACCAUGUACACAUACCUAAUGUUACCUAAUGUAAACAUCUUUCAGUUCACUGGCACCCCCUCUUUUACCUCUCAGUUCCUGAACCAAACCAGUCUUUCCUAAUGUUACCAUCUUUCAGUUCACUGGCACCCCCUCUUUUACCUCUCAGUUCCUGAACCAAACCAGUCUCUCCUAAUGUUACCAUGUACACAUACCUAAUGUUACCUAAUGUAAACAUCUUUCAGUUCACUGGCACCCCCUCUUUUACCUCUCAGUUCCUGAACCAAACCAGUCUUUCCUAAUGUUACCAUCUUUCAGUUAACUGGCAUCCCCUCUUUUACCUUUCAGUUCCUGAACCAAACCGGUCUCUCCUAAUGUUAUCAUCAUUCAGUUUACUGGCACCCCCUCUUUUACUUGUCGGUUACUGAACCAAACCGGUCUCUCCUAAUGUUACCACCUAUCAGGGUGGUAGCAUUAGUUUGUUCUAGUUUAUUGUUGAUUCAUGUUGUUUAAAACUUUAAGUAAGUCUUAAAUCAAUGGUUUGGGUUGUUCUUUCACAGUUUUCAUUAUUACUCGGGGAGCUUCUUGGAAAAUCCUCUCCAACUCCUUCCUUCAACCCCCUUCUUCUACUGUCUUUUGGUCUUCCCAUUGGUAUUUUCCCUUCCAUUCUGCUCACAUGUACCUUUGGCACAUGGUUAUUCAGGUAUAGAACAAUAAUUAAAAAACAACCACAAAACUUUCACAAAAUUUGUGUAACUGGUACAGUAACUUCACCGCCAUGUUUUAACAAAAUACUGACAACAAACUCAAGUGGGAGAGGAAAAAAUAGAGUGAUGAAAGUAAAAAGAAUAUAAAAUAAAAGUACAAAAAGAAUUUCUCCACUGGAUUAAAGC